GCUCACGGCCGCCGGAGCUGUGGAUCGGGGCCGGGGGAUGAUCCGAGGCGUGGAAGCGCCGAUGGCGGACCCCCCGCCGCAGCCACCGCCCGUCAUCUUCUGCCAUGACUCCCCGAAGCGGGUGCUGGUGUCGGUCAUCAGGACCACCCCGAUCAAGCCUUCGUGCGGCGGCGGCGGGGAGCCGGAGCCGCCGCCGCCGCUCAUCCCCACCAGUCCCGGCUUCAGCGACUUCAUGGUGUACCCGUGGCGCUGGGGCGAGAACGCGCACAACGUGACGCUCAGCCCCGGGGCCGCGGGGGGCGCCCCCUCGGCCGUCCUGCCCGCCGCCGCCGCCGAGCACCCGGGGAUUCGGGGUCGGAGCGCGCCCCCGCCCGCCGCCUCGGCAGGUGAGGACGAGGAGGAAGCCAGCAGCCCGGACAGCGGCCACCUUAAGGAUGGAAUCCGACGUGGUAGACCCAGAGCAGAUACUGUCCGGGAUUUAAUAAAUGAAGGAGAGCAUUCGUCCAGCAGAAUCCGUUGUAACAUCUGUAAUAGGGUGUUUCCACGGGAGAAAUCACUCCAGGCUCACAAAAGGACUCAUACAGGUGAGAGGCCCUAUCUGUGUGACUAUCCAGACUGCGGAAAAGCCUUUGUUCAAAGCGGACAACUCAAAACACAUCAGCGGCUCCACACUGGGGAGAAACCUUUUGUUUGUUCAGAAAAUGGCUGCCUCAGCAGAUUCACCCAUGCAAACCGCCACUGUCCGAAGCAUCCGUAUGCCAGACUGAAGCGGGAGGAGCCCACAGACGCGCUCAGUAAACAUCAGGCUGUGGAUAACCAGGCUGCCGCUGAGUGGUUGGCAAAGUACUGGGAAACGAGGGAGCAGCGCGCACCCACCUUGAGAGGAAAGCUGGCUCAGAAGGCUGACCAGGAGCAGCAGGACCCCCUAGAGUACCUGCCGUCGGAUGAGGAGGACGAUGAGAAGCGUGGCGCUGCGCGCCGACUGCAAGAGCAACGUGAGCGGCUGCACGGGGCCCUGGCGCUCAUAGAGCUGGCUAACCUGACCGGGGCGCCGCUGCGCCAGUAGCCGCUCGGACUGCCCAGCGCACUUCCAGAGGACACCCCUGGGCAUAAGCUAAGCACCUUAUUUGCUUAUGAUAGGCUGCUAUUCUGUAGAAAUUGAUGAAGAAUGUCAUCGCCCCAGAACAUGGGGUGAGAGAGAAUUGCACUUUUUUUAUAUGGUCAUAGAUUUGUUGUAAAGUUUUAAGUAUUUUGUAAAUAUGGGACUUCUAGUACAGGGUAGAAAACUACAUAUUGUGGGAAGCUAGAUUUUGCAAGUUUAAUGCAUUCAUUGGAAGCCGUUCUCACAGGAAGCACUUUCUGAAUAAGACACUUAUAUGAAAAAACAGAAUGGUACAUGUAGCCAAAGAACAUUGAAAGAGAUUAUUUAUAAGAUCAUUUUUAACAAUAUAUAUUAGUAUGUUUAACAAUACUGUAAACACUGAAGCAAGUAAGAAGGUAUAAGAUACGUGUGUAAGUAUGUAUAUUAUUAAAUUGCAAAAUGGUAUGACUAAUGAAAUGGAAAACUGACUAUUUCAGAGGAUGUUUUAAGUUAUGGACUUUGGAGGAAAGUAGAUAUUUGAGGAUCUUGGUAAGAUGCACAACAGUUCAGAAUUUUCAAAACUGGAGUAAAAUUGGUCUUAUUCUAUCUUUCUGAGGCUUUACAAAAACUCACUAUAAUAUUUAGAUUUGAAAAGCACUUGUCAUUCCUACUAUGUUAACUUGGGAACUUUUGCACAUUUCAUAUUUCUCAUUUGCUAAAAUUGAGUGAUUAAUCUUGCAAAGUCUAGGUAGCUUGGUAAUUGGUCUUUUUCUAUUUUAAGUAUUAUGGGCCCUGUAAUGGAUUUGGCACUUGGAUUUUUGUGAAUAAAAGGGACAUCUACAGGGUUGUUGGUAGUGAGCUGUUUUAGAUCUUUUGUUAGCAAACACUAAAUUUUAGUUGUACUGCUUGGUUAGAAUUACUAGCAAAUGGAAGCAAAUGUAUUUUCAGUGCAUAAAAGCACUUUCUUGCUUUAUUACUUCAGAAUAAUAUGCCAAGCUAUUUUGUGUCCACUAAAUUUAGUUGUCAGUUUAACACUGCAGAAAAUAUUAGCUACUCAAAUAAGCAGGAUUCUGGAAUAGUUUUAACUGCAAGUGUGUUAAUGUGUGUGGUGGUUUUAAACUGUUUUUCCAAACAGAUGAAAUUUUUAAAUACCACUUUAUGUACUGAAGCAUGAAGAGAAAAAUCAAGAGCUGAGUGGUUCACCUUCUUGAUGUAGGCAUAAACCUCCAUCAUUUUAGCUUUUUGUUUUAAGCAGAAACUAACAUGCAUAGCAUGGUAAUUUUAUAGAUUGCUUAAUUGGAGUAAACCUCAGAAUAAUAGAAAUAUGGACUUGUCAGUGCCUUUUAUUUUCUUUUUUGAAUUGAAGUAGUAGACUACAGAUGUAGUUGAAAUGUUAUCUAAAAUGCAGGCUUCUUUAUCCAAAAAUCCCAUUGUGUUGCAGUACACAGAUAGUUUAAAAUAUGUAGCCACGGGGGAGGGGAGGUAUGUAAAUGUCUUGAAAAGGAGCAAACGUGUAAAAGAUGAUAGUAACAAAUAAUGUGUAUGACGAGGACAUACUUUAAAAAUGUAAUUCCUCUGUACAGUAAAUUGCAAAUCUUGAGGGAUUUUUUGUAAUAAGAGAAUUUAUAUUUGUAAUGGUCUAAGAAUUUUGUUUGUAAUCUGGUAUAUAGAAUUUUAACUUGGAGCACUUAUAAACAGUAAAGAGACUAUAGCAUCUGAAUUUUCUUGGUUUAGGUUUCAACAUUUUGUCUAGAAUUUUCUUCUCAAAUAUGACUUAAAUGAACUAUAAAACAACUAUUUAAAUCCUGGGAAAUUUAAAAUUUGAUGAAUUUACCUGAAGAAAGCAUGCAGUAAGAAUUUUUAAAACGCAAGUAUUUGCCAAUUCACAGAUAAUGAAAUUUAAGGCCUUCAAAUGUAAGGGUUUUUGUUUGUUUGUUUCUCUAGUCAGCUUUUAUCAACUAUAAAUAAUAGUUAUAUUCACAAACAUUUUUUUAUUUGUAUAAUUGGAAGUUUUAAGAAAUUAUUACAACUAUUUACUAUAGAAAUAUUUAAAACGUUCUUUCUUGAUAUAAGCUAUUUACUUGGACAGAAUACAUUGGUAUCCAAAAUUUGAGGUGUGUUAAGACUGCUUUUUGUUUUAAAAAUGUGGUUUACAUUCAAACUUUUGAAGUGUUUUAUGCUUCAUACGGCUAAGUUGUAGUUUGGCAGAGUUAACAGCAUAAGAAUAAACAUGCUGUAAUUUUAAAAGAUGCUUUGAAUAAAAACUUAUUUUAAUUUACAGUUUAAAGUACAUGUUCUUGAACCCUUUAUAAUUUGUUUUCCUAGCAAAAAUACAAAAAUACAACCAUAAUAUAAAAAGUUAUAAAGAAAUGUCACUGACAGCCCUACGUUCUUCCAUCAUUAUUAUUGUGGGGCUUUUUAUACUGCAUUCCAGUCUCAUCCCUGGCAUCUUUUUAGCACCGUUGGAACCAAGUGCGGCUUGUUUUUUGUACUUUAAAAUUAU